AUUGGGAUUGCAAGAGGGCUUGAAUACUUGCACCAAGGGUGCAACAUGAGAAUUUUACACUUCGACAUCAAGCCCCAAAACAUUCUACUAGACGAGAAUUAUUGCCCCAAGAUAUCUGAUUUUGGCCUGGCUAAGAUAUGCCCACAAAAGGACAGCAUAAUAUCAAUGUCAGAAGCCAGAGGAACUGCAGGGUACAUUGCUCCUGAGGUUUUCUUCAAAAGAUUUGGCGGAGUUUCUCUUCAAUCAGAUGUUUAUAGUUACGGAAUGUUGGUUCUGGAAAUGGUUGGGUGUCGAAAAAAUGUUGAUGCAAAAGUGGAACAUAGUAGUGAGCAGUAUUAUCCGCAUUGGAUUUACAAGCAACUCGAGGAAGUUGAAGAGAUCGAUCAAAUCGAUACCACAAACAACAACGAGGGAUCAAUACUCAAAAGGAAGAUGGUUGUAGUGAGUUUAUGGUGCAUACAAACCAACCCCUUGACCCGACCAAAUAUGACUCGAGUUGUAGAAAUGCUCGAAGGAACACUCGACCUGCUACUGAUUCCUCCGAUUGUGACUUGA